AUUGAAAGAUGACAUGAACGGUUACGCGGGAGUCCACAGCACAGAGAGACGGAAGAGAGAGAGAGAGAGAGAGAGAGAUGGAGGUGACCGCCGGUGCGGUGUUCUCCCUGGGCGUGGUGGGGCCCGUGAACCACGGUCGCUGCCGCUGGGAAGCUGGCGGCGCUGCUUUCUCACCGCCUCCCUCUAGAGCGCGCCACCCGGCCGCCGAAGCCACGAGCUCAGGGAGGAUCCUUCGGUGGGCCGUCUUCCCGAGCCGCCGCGGGCGGUUCCUCCCACCUCUGAGUUCGGGGAGCUCGAAUUCUCGGGCUGAGGACCCCGUCCCUCCCUCCGAGAUGUCGGUGGAGAGCGCCCUCAAGCUACUGGGUGUUGCGGAAGGUGCCUCCUUCGAUGACAUCCUCAGGGCCAAGAACUCCAUCAUUGCUUCCUGUAAGGAUGAUCAGAAGCUCAAAUCACAGGUAGAGGCUGCAUAUGACAUGCUUCUUAUGGAAAGUCUGACACAGCGUAGGGCUGGCAAGGUUGUGAACAGCAACAUACGUUAUGCUGAUGUGAGAACUGUCAGUAGAUCAGGGCCUAAUACCUUGCCUGGAUGGUUGAAGAGUAUACCACUUUCAGUUGAUGUCCCUCCUGCAACAAGCAUUAGGAUCCAGGCAGGGGUUUAUGGAGCUUUGAUGAUUUCUGCAUAUAUCAAUGGAGUGUCUUCCCCUGGAGUACCAUAUGCUGGAGCUGAUGUUCCUGGUUUCAUAUUAGCUACUGGAUUUGGAGCUUCACUGAUAUUCUUGACAAAGAAGAAUGUUGGUCUUGGAAAGGCUGCUGUACUGACCGUUGGGGGCCUUGCUGCGGGAGCAGCAGUGGGAUCAGUUGUUGAGCAAUGGUUGCAAGUUGAGAUAGUUCCCUUGCUAGGCAUUCACUCACCUGCUGCUCUUAUUAGUGAAUUCAUUCUUCUUUCACAAUUCUUGGUCUCUCUGUACUUGAGUUAGAUCCUGAAACAGAGACGUUGUGGUUCAUCCUGUCCUAUAAUAUGCUAUUACAAUUUUAUUUAGCAUCUGAACCACUACUGCGCUUCACUUGCCUAUGCAUCUCUGGCUAUUAAAUUGUGUAAAGAGAAUACGAGCCUGUAUCAUCUUGGGAACUGCUGUGUACAUAUUUGGAUCACCUUUCUCUAA